AUGCACUAUAUACCUCAGGAUCCUGGUGUUCGGCACCAUGUGCUGAAUUAUUUGAAUUAUUUCGACAAGGUUUUUCCACGCUUGAAGGAAACCUAUGUUUUAGCCCAGAGUCCACACAAGGAGACGGUUGUACCUUUCCCAGUCACCUGUUGUAAAUAUGACGACCCUUCAAGGUUCUUGAACCAUUCUGCAGAGUAUCUGCUCCUACACUUCAGAUACGGACAGAACCCACGGUUUUUCGAUAAGUAUCUAGAGGAUAUCCACAAGCUUCUACAGUUCUCUCCAAGUAUUCGUAGCGAAGGGAAUCACCUUAUAGGAACUCUUGGCAUCGAACGUAAUAGUUCUGUGUGCAUACAUGUGCGACGAACGGACUUUCUCACUUACAAUGUGGCCACAAAUGGAAACCAAUCGGUAGAGGCAGCCAACAAAAUUGCGAAGCGCUUGGUAAAUCAAACCUAA